AUGGCCAUGGCCAACAUCUUCAUCUGUUUCGUUCUGCUAUCAUCGCUCAUCGCUUCGCCUCUGGAGUCCGCAAGGAUCGUCCACGAGCACCGCGCCCACGUCGCUGCAGGUGAGGAGACGCGUGAUCGCCAUCUACCCGACGACCUUGGGGAAAUCAAGAGAGCGCAGCCCCACCAAUUCGCGCCGCCGGCGCCGCAAGCGAACGAGCAACGCUACCCCCCGAUCUGGCAUGAUGGAUCCCCCUCUGUCUAA